AAUAGCAUUGGUACUGAUGGUAUUUUUGUUCACAUCCAUGUUCUGAGCGUAGAACAAGCUUUACUGACAGAGUUUCCGGAUGUAUACAUGUACAUGUAGAAUCACAUGUCAGUAAACUAGGAAGACAUGAAAUGACUGAUUUUGACAAAGAAUUACAUGUAAAUCAGUUUACAACCAUAUAUUUCAACGAUGGAUCAGGUCAAUGCAUUGAUCAUUGCAACAGGAAGUAAUAUUGGCAUACCUCAUAGAAAUUGAAUGUUAAUACGCCAGUUACCAAGAUGCUUCGUGGUAUGGUUCUACAGAACUUUGUUCAUUUCGAAAAGAGAUUUGUCUUUGAUUUUUCCAAAACCAAAAAUAGCCCAAACAUUUUUGUUGGUGCAAGCUCAACUGGAAAAACGGCAGUCCUUGAACUAAUCAGAAGAUGUAUGCACAGCAGACUCAACUCAUCUUUGACCAACAGAGCACACUCAAAUGAAAGAGCAUACGUGUUCUGCGAAUUUUAUCUUGAUAUCGAUAAAUAUGGGCCAACGGUUAUAACAGGAAUGAUAGUAGAUGCCAAUACUGACAAUUACUCUAGUACAAUGCAAACUAACAAAGAAGUAAAAGCAAACCCUGAAGUGAAAACAGAAGAUAAAGAAGAAAAAGGAAGAGAGAAUAAGCUUGACAAAAUGAAAGAACAGGGAGACGAACAGGGAAGUACAAAGAAGAAAGACAAAGAAGUGGACAGGGAUGAGGAAGGUACGAUGUUUCACAAAGUAAUUAUGUACACGUUAGGAGAAGAAAUAGAAUUUCGUUCUGAAUCAUAUUUAGAGAAACGUGACGGUAAAAUUGUUAACCUCGAAAAGGAUGUUGACAUUUCUGAACCUUUUUUAGCCGAAAUACAUGGUGCCCUUCAUAGAGAUAGAGGGUACAUAGAAACAAAGGAAAGUCAGAUCAGCAAGGGGAUCACAGAUCUCUUUGAUGACGAUUUCGUUGUAAAAGUAUUAAGAAAAAUAGGAACACAGCAAAUAGAAAAUAAGACUAACCAUGUGUGUCAAGAGUUAUGGAGAAUAGUUGAGGAACAAUUUGUCGGAAUUUUACCCACGAGAGGACUAGGCACAAUUCAGUGGACAAAAAGUAAAUUGAUAGAAUCGGAAAAUAAAGCAAAGAAUUACGAAGGCACUUGUGUUCAUGCAGAAAUUAUUACCGAACUUUUGGACAGCGACCUUAUAGAUAAAAAGAAAGAGCAAGAAAUAUUCAGUUUUUUAACAAAUCCCAGUAAAAUUGUCUUUAGGAAGGAAGCACCGAAUGCGAAUCGUAUAAAUUUAAUUCAGGUCAAAAAUGGAAUGAAUGAGUUUCCACUGCUCAAGACCUCAGUUGGGAUCAUAGAGGCAAAACAGUUUUCUCUCAUAAUGGCUCACAGGACACUAAAAACAAUUUGUUUAGAAGAACCCGAUCGCGGAAUGCAUCCUCAGAUGAUUGAGCGUAUGAAAGAAGUGCUGCAUCACGAAAGUAGACACAAAACAAUCAUUGUUGUAACACACAGUCCAUAUCUUAUCGACUCCAUGUCGUUAGAAAACAUUUUUUUCUUUUCCAGGAAAUAUGAUGUCUCGUUUGACGUCGUUAAUAUAUAUGACAAACUUGAGAGCAAUAAAUAUUUGAAGAUUGUAAAAAUGGAAGACUUAAAAGCAAUUUUAUUUUCGUCAAAAGUUCUUUUUGUGGAAGGACGCACUGACAAAAGUGUUCUGGAAGCAAUCUUUCGACAUUUGAUACAGCGGUCCUCAAAGACUUAUGAAGAUAUUCUUCCAAUAUUGAGUCACGAGAUAUGUUCUAUUGGAGGGAAAGAGUUAAGAGAAAACAUAUCAGAGUUUUGCAACAAAUUGAACAUAAAAUUUUGCUUAGUCUUGGAUAGGGACGCAAUUAUUGAAACAGAAGAGUCAACCAAGCGUAUUAAGAAAAUUCAGCCUAGUUAUUCAAGUUAUAGUAGGUUUGAAGGAGGUCUCGUUUCGGAUUUUCUUGUUGACCCUUACGGUUUCAAAGCGCUUUCUACUGAUUUGGCAAAAAAGGAAAACACAUUUAUUUGGAGAGAUGGGGACCUAGAAGAUUUUCUCUUAAGUAGCAGAGAGAAUCAUUCUGAAAUUCUUAGUAUUUUUAAACCUGAUGCCAAAUUUACAACUGCGGAAGAUAAAGAAAAAUACAACAAGAUGAAAACUACCAUCAAGAAAUCUUUGAAAAACGGUUGUUUUCGGGAAAAACUAGAUGCCUUAGCUGAUAUUAUAACAAAUUUUUCCGAAACCGAACGCUUGUGUUCUUUUUUGAAAGAUAUAUAACUAAAGAAACAAAUUUCUUAUAUGAAAUACAUUAACAAAAAGAUGUUUUUACCAUUUUCACACCACAUGCAAAAUCAUUCAUUAUUUGAAUUAAACUCUUAUAUUAUGGAUAAAUUAUUUUAACCUGAGCGGUAAGCUUAAAUGAGUUAUUCUGAUCACUAACCUGGCGUCCACUUGUCUGUCUGUCCGUCCGUCCAUCCGUAAACUGUUUACAUUUUCGACUUCUAACACCACUGGGUCGAUUUCAACUUAACUUGUCAGGCCCUCAUCAAGGGAAGAUAAUUAAGAAUUAUUCAGAAAUUGUUGGUAUUUUUUCAAAAAUCAACAAAAUCUUCUCAAACAUCAUCAGGUUUAUCAAUUGCUUGAAUAAAUAAUUUAAAACCAAGCUCUCUAUGACUGAGUCUUUUUAAUGCACAAUACAGGACUAAACUAUAGAUAGAUACUCUGGCUUUUAAAAAGACUAGGAAUAAAUUAUGCACUGUCUUUUUCUAUCGCAAACAUUCUCUUAAUAAUUCUUACAUGACGAAAAAACAGUUUUUCUCCGUGCAUUAAGGAACAAUAUGACAGUAGAUUUGUUAUGCGAUUGUAUAAGUUUUUUUUUUAAAUUUUGAUGUUUAGAAAUUGUUUAAGCAUGAAUAUUCCAUCCAAGGUUUUUCAGAGAAAUUACAGUACCACAGACAAAGCUCUGUGAAACUACCAAUGUUUAGUUUAUAUAACUUUUUUUUUUCACCUUGUAAAGGUAAUUUUGCUUAAAUUGUUGAUAUUGUUUAUGUUUCUAUUUUUACAUACGUAAUUUCUAAAUAAAAUGUUUUAUCAUAUUUUGUAUAAAAAUAUAAUUACUCUAGGUUUUCUUUUAAUUCACUGCUGUAUUUUAUUUUUUUCUUCAGUUGUUAAAUACUUUUUCUAUUUAUAUCUCAUUUUCUACAAUGAUUUUCAUUGUAAAUAGGUUUCUUUAUCAUUGACAAAU